GGUUGUGAGUGGGUGAGCGUGUGUGUGUGUGUGUGUGGCUGGAGAGCGGAGUGCCUGCUGCCUGCCUGCCUGCCUGCCUGGGAAUUCUAUAAAAGCACAUCCGCGGCCACUGCCAUGGCUGAACGCCGCGCAUUCGCCCAGAAGAUCAGCAGGUUCCCCUCACAGAGGCGGUGGAGCCCRUGGACUUUGAGGAGUAUCUGAUCACGCACCCUCCCAUCGUGGAGUCAGGUCCACUGAGAGAUCUGAUCGAGUUUCCCCCCGAUGACAUCGAGGUCAUCUACACACCCAGGGAGUGUCGCACUGUGGUACAGGCUGUUCCAGAGGAAGGGGACACUGAUCCUCAUGUAAGAGAUUGUGUCAGAUCCUACACAGAGGACUGGGCUGUUGUCAAUAGAAAGUAUCACAAGCUUGGCACUGGCUUUAACCCCAACACUCUGGAUAAACAAAAGGAACGUCAGAAAGGCUUGCCUAAGCAAGUGUUUGAAGCUGAUGAGAUGCCAGAUAGCAGCAGCUACCAGGAUGACCAGGAUGAUCUGAAGAGGCGGUCGAUGUCUAUAGAUGACACUCCACGGGGCAGCUGGGCCUGCAGCAUUUUUGACUUGAAGAAUUCCCUCCCUGAUGCCCUCCUCCCUCACCUUCUCGACCGGGCCCCCAACGAGGAGAUUGACCGGCACAACGAAGAACAGCGUAUGACUAAUCGCCAUCGGGAGCUCUUUGCUCUCCAUCCUGCCCUCGAUGAGGAGGAGCCCAUUGAGCGCCACUGUGUGCCUGAAGUACCUAAAGAGCACUUUGGCCAGAGGCUACUCGUCAAGUGCUUGUCCUUGAAGUUCGAGAUCGAAAUUGAACCCAUAUUUGCUAGUUUGGCCUUAUAUGAUGUCAAGGAAAAGAAAAAGAUAUCCGAAAAUUUCUUCUUUGAUCUAAACUCUGAGCAGACGAAAGCWAUGUUGCGUCCACACAUUCAGACAGCAGCUAUUUCCACGCUGGCACGCUCGGCCAUUUUCUCCAUCACCUACCCCUCCACAGAUAUCUUCCUAGUCAUCAAGCUAGAAAAGGUACUGCAGCAAGGUGAUAUAGGAGAAUGUGCAGAGCCAUAUAUGGUCUUCAAAGAGUCUGAUGCUGCCAAGAACAAGGAGAAACUGGAGAAGCUUCGAAGUCAAUCAGAGCAGUUCUGCCAGCGUCUGGGCCGCUACCGAAUGCCCUUUGCGUGGACGGCCAUCCAUCUGAUGAACAUUGUAAACAGUGCCGGCAGUCUGGAGAGAGACACCGAGCURGAGAUGAGCCUCUCAGAAAGAAAAGGCUCAUGGUCAGAACGGAGGAACUCGAGCAUCAUGGGAAGGCGUUCUUUAGAGAGGACCACCAGUGGAGAUGAAGCCUGUAGUCUCACGGGUUUCAGGCCAGCAACACUAACCAUCACCAACUUCUUCAAACAGGAGGGAGAUAGACUCAGCGAUGAAGAUCUGUAUAAGUUUCUAGCUGAUAUGAGGAGACCUUCUUCAGUGCUGAGGAGACUCAGGCCCAUCACAGCCCAGUUAAAGUUGGACAUUUCUCCAGCUCCGGAGAACCCUCACUAUUGUCUGACUCCGGACCUCCUGCAGGUUAAACCUUAUCCUGACAGUAGAGUGCGCCCCACCAGAGAGAUCCUGGAGUUCCCAGCCAGGGAUGUCUAUGUGCCAAACACCACAUCCCCUGACUUCCAUGACGAGAUCAAGAUCAAGCUGCCUGCCUCUCUGUCAGACCACCACCACAUUCUCUUCACCUUUUACCAUGUCAGCUGCCAGCAGAAGCAGAACACGCCACUGGAGACCCCCGUGGGAUACACGUGGAUCCCCAUGUUGCAGAAUGGACGCCUGCGAACAGGACACUUCUGUCUGCCCGUCUCUCUGGAGAAGCCGCCUCAAUCGUACUCUGUUCUUUCCCCAGAUGUUCCUCUACCAGGAAUGAAGUGGGUAGACAACCAUCGAGGUGUUUUCAACGUGGAACUGGUGGCAGUUUCAACCAUCCACACACAGGACCAGUACUUGGAUAAGUUCUUUGCCCUGGUCCAUGCUCUGGAUGAGCACGUGUUUCCGGUCAGGAUAGGAGACAUGCGCAUCAUGGAGAACAACCUAGAGGCCGAGCUCAAGUCCAGCAUCGCGGCUCUCACCUCAGCCCAGCUUGAGCCAGUGGUUCGAUUCCUUCAUCUUCUGCUCGACAAGUUGGUGCUGCUCGUAGUUCGGCCGCCGGUCAUUGCCGGACAGAUCGUGAAUCUAGGUCAAGCGUCCUUCGAGGUCAUGGCGUCGGUUGUGAACCGGCUUCAUAAAUACCUGGACACCAGCCAAGAUAUGCACGGCCGCAACAGCCUGCUGUCCUCUUACAUCCACUACAUCUUCCGCUUGCCUAGCACAGACCCCAACUCACCAUCGCCAGACCCCAACUCAUCUCUAACAGGUCCCGGAGGGUUGGGAGGUUCGGUCCACUACGCCACCAUGGCWCGCUCGGCUGUUCGACCAGCCAGCCUCAACCUCAGCCGCUCCCGCAGCCUCAGUAACAGUAACCCAGACAUUUCCGGUACRCCCACGUCUCCCGAUGAUGAGGUUCGCGCCAUAAUUGGCAGCAAGGGCUUAGACCGCUCCAACUCAUGGGUGCACACCAUGGGCUGUAGUGCCCCCUGGGGAUCCGGCCCUGGGUCCGCUCCAGAAACCCUGCAGGCCAUGGAGCGCUGUGGCAAUCGCAUGUCUUCGCACACUGAGAGCGCCAGUUUCUUGCAAACUUUAACAGGACGGUUGCCCACUAAAAAGCUCUUCCACGAGGAGCUGGCCCUCCAGUGGGUGGUGAGCAGUGGAAGCGUCCGAGAAGGUGCUCUACAACAGGCCUGGUUCUUCUUUGAACUCAUGGUGAAAAGCAUUAUCCACCACCUUUAUUUCACCGAACGCUUGGARUCACCCAGGAAGAACCGUUUUCCUGAACGCUUCAUGGAUGACAUCACAGCUCUGGUCAGCACCAUUGCUGGGGAUAUUGUGUCUCGUUUCCAGAAGGACCUGGAGUUGGUGGAGAGGCUGAACACCAGUCUGGCCUUCUUUCUCAAUGACUUGCUGUCAGUCAUGGACCGAGGCUUUGUCUUCACAUUAAUCAGGGUCUACUGGAAACAGGUCUCCACGAAGCUUUACGCUUUGCAGAACCCAACGAUGGAGUCUUUACGGCUUGACUUUUUACGAAUUGUUUGUAGUCACGAGCACUACGUCACCCUAAAUCUGCCCUGCAGCCUGCUAACCCCACCUGCCUCRCCUUCCCCAUCUGUGUCUUCAGCAACCUCACAGAGCUCCGGGUUCUCCACUCACGUUCAGGACCAAAAAAUAGCCAAUAUGUUUGAGCUGUCUGUCCCGUUCAGAGAGCAACAUUUUCUGGCUGGACUCGUGUUAUCGGAGCUGUCAGUAAUACUGGACCCAGAUAAUGAGGGAAUGUUUGGUCUGCAUAAGAAAGUGGUGAGCGUUGUUCACAACCUCCUGUCCAGCCACGACUCGGACCCUCGUUACGCCGAUCCCGAGGUCAAGGCUCGAGUCGCCAUGCUCUACCUACCUCUCAUUGGCAUCAUCAUGGAGACGCUGCCGCAACUCCAUGACUUCACAGAGUGUCAUAACCAKUGGGGCCGGCCUGGUGGUCCACAGGGCGCAGCAGUGGGCAGCGGCGGAGAGGAAGCAGAUGGGGAGGGGAACAGCAUGAUCAGUCAAACUGUUGCCAUGGCCAUAGCCGGCACCUCCACUGCAUCGCCGAUGUCUCGACCAAGUAGCUUCUUGCUCAACUCGCAGGCGAGUCGUCAGCACGGGAGCUUCUCGGCAGAGUCGAGCCGCAGCCUGCUGAUCUGUCUGCUGUGGGUUCUGAAGAACGCCGAUGAGUUGGUGCUGCAGAAGUGGUUUACAGACUUGUCUGUGUCUCAGCUCAACCGCCUGCUGGACCUCCUCUACCUCUGUGUCUCCUGCUUUGAGUACAAGGGCAAGAAGGCGUUUGAGCGCAUGAACAGCCUGACCUUUAAGAAGUCCAAAGACAUGAAGGCCAAGCUGGAGGAGGCCAUACUGGGCAGCAUCGGGGCCAGGCAGGAAAUGGUGCGACGCAGUCGGGGACAGCUAGAGCGGAGUCCAUCUGGCAGUGCCUUCGGCAGUCAAGAAAACCUCAGAUGGAGGAAGGACAUGACCCACUGGAGACAAAACACUGAAAGGAUGGACAAGAGUCACAGAUCGGUCAGAACAAGAGCGGAGCUGGAGCACGAAGCCCUUAUUGAUGGUAACCUUGCAACAGAGGCCAACCUAAUUAUUCUUGAUACAUUGGAGAUUAUUGUUCAGACAGUAUCCGUGACWGAGUCUAAGGAGAGUAUCCUUGGUGGGGUGUUGAAAGUGCUGCUCCAUAGCAUGGCCUGCAAYCAGAGCGCCCUCUACCUUCAGCACUGUUUUGCCACUCAGAGAGCUUUGGUUUCCAAGUUUCCUGAACUGCUGUUUGAGGAAGAAACAGAGCAGUGUGCCGAUCUGUGUCUGCGACUCCUGAGGAGCUGCAGCAGCAGCAUCAGUACCAUCAGAUCCCACGCCAGUGCCUCCCUCUACCUCCUCAUGAGGCAAAACUUUGAGAUCGGCAAUAACUUUGCAAGAGUGAAGAUGCAGGUGACCAUGUCUCUGUCCUCGCUGGUGGGAACGUCCCAAAAUUUUAAUGAGGAGUUCCUCCGGCGGUCUCUGAAGACCAUCCUUACCUAUGCAGAGGAGGACCUCGAACUAAGGGAGACCACUUUCCCAGACCAGGUCCAGGACCUUGUGUUUAAUCUGCACAUGAUCCUGUCUGACACAGUGAAAAUGAAAGAGCAUCAGGAAGAUCCUGAGAUGCUGGUAGAUCUCAUGUACAGGAUUGCGAAGGGAUACCAGACAUCUCCAGAUCUGCGUCUUACAUGGCUCCAGAACAUGGCUGGAAAACACUCGGAGAGGAAUAAUCAUGCUGAGGCUGCUCAGUGUUUAGUGCACAGCGCUGCCCUGGUAGCAGAAUACCUGAGCAUGCUUGAAGACCGCAAGUAUCUCCCUGUAGGCUGUGUCACCUUCCAGAACAUCUCUUCYAAUGUGCUGGAGGAGUCUGCAGUCUCUGACGAUGUGGUAUCCCCAGAUGAGGAGGGCAUCUGCUCGGGGAAGUACUUCACCGAAAUCGGUCUUGUGGGUCUCCUGGAGCAGGCAACGGCCUCUUUCUCUAUGGCCGGCAUGUAUGAGGCAGUGAAUGAAGUGUACAAGGUGCUAAUUCCAAUCCAUGAAGCCAACAGAGAUGCAAAAAAGCUGGCCACCAUCCAUGGUAAACUACAAGAAGCCUUUAGCAAAAUUGUCCAUCAGAGUACUGGCUGGGAGAGGAUGUUUGGGACGUACUUCAGAGUGGGUUUUUAUGGUUCCAAAUUUGGCGACUUGGAGGAGCAGGAGUUUGUGUACAAAGAACCUGCCAUCACAAAGCUGGCUGAGAUCUCUCACAGGCUUGAGAGCUUUUAUGGGGAGCGGUUCGGCGAGGACCAGGUUGAGGUCAUUAAGGACUCCAAUCCAGUAGAUAAGUGCAAGCUUGACCCCAACAAGGCGUUCAUUCAGAUCACAUACGUGGAGCCGUACUUCGACACUUACGAGAUGAAAGACCGCAUCACCUACUUUGAUAAGAACUAUAACCUGAGGCGUUUUGUCUACUGCACCCCUUUCACCCUGRACGGGCGGGCCCACGGGGACCUGCACGAGCAGUUCAAACGCAAAACCAUCCUCACCACCUCGCACGCCUUUCCUUACAUUAAGACAAGGAUCAACAUCAUCCACAAAGAGGAGAUUAUUUCCACACCCAUAGAGGUCGCGAUAGAGGACAUGCAGAAGAAGACACAAGAGUUGGCCUUUGCCACCCAUCAGGACCCCGCUGAUGCCAAAAUGCUGCAGAUGGUCCUACAAGGAUCGGUGGGCACGACUGUAAACCAGGGGCCUUUGGAGGUGGCUCAGGUGUUCCUGUCAGAAAUCCCCAGUGACCCCAAAUUGUACCGACACCACAACAAGCUCCGGCUGUGCUUUAAAGACUUCACUAAGAGCACACACACACAGUCACCCACACAGGCGGAAUUUAUUCUUAUGUAUAUAGGAGUGACCCUUGAAAGUUGGUGUUUUGAAACGUUUUGUAAAAAAAGGAAAAAGGUUACGAUUUGCAGCUUGGUACGUCAUUCCAGUGUCUUAAUUUGUUUACAAACUGUGACACAAUCAGCGAAAAAGAACAAAUGGCUCUGAAAGAUUAGAAACCUUGGCAUUUACGUGUUCUUUGCUUGUUACUGUGUGGUUGUUUGUCCCGCAGCUACCUUAAAAGUAAACAAACAAACGACUCUUAAUAUACCAACAGAACAUUCUAGCUGCAAGCUUUGAAACCAAUAAAUAUAAUGAAUGUUCAGAGGUCGAGUAUAAGUGCCAAAACUCUCUUUUUUUCAGCCAAAAUUUUUACAAGUGACCGACAGAAAAGGUAUUUCUAUUUAAUCAUGUACAAUUUGUCAACAAGAACAACAAAAAAAAUGUAUUCGAUUUCAUGUGUGCACUUUUUUUUAUAGUGUAGCAAUGCGUUUUACAACUUGAAAGUUUAUGUAUUUUGUGUGUGGGGGGGUACAAAAGUCUGGUACCAGUAUUUAUCAUGAUGCUUUAUUGUUAUUUUAUGUUGAAGCGACGAUAUUUUAAAUUUAGGUACUUUAAACAUCCUUGUAUAAUUUUAUGUAGUUUUGUUUUACUUUAAAUAUUUUACUAAAUAAAUAUUUAAAUGUUCAAA